GUUAAUGGGUUAAGACUACUUAUCUAUUUAAUGGUGCAACUGUUCUUUUUCAUUUUUUAAUUUUUUAUUAUUAUUAUAUUUUCAAGUAAUGGAUGUUGCAACUGUUUGUUUUUUUUUUUUUGGGUUUUUCCUCUUGUUUGAAAGACCAAUUAAAUUUGUAAGAGGUGCACUUUUGUUUCAUUUAAAGUGCAUUAAAAAAAAUAAUGGUUGGCUCAUGUGCACAGGAGAAUGAAACGAAAGAGGUGGUAAGGAAAAAGUGCUACGUGUGUUGGAUUACAGUGGAUGCUUAACAGAAAGAAACAUGUGUAAGAUGUAGAAGCAGUAAGUUUUGCCCAAAGCUUGGAUGGUCCACAACUGUGACAACCUUAUCUGGAGGCAGCCAAUGGAAUUCCAUUUUCCAUUUACUUAUGAUCAACCUCCCAACACUAUAUCCAUUUGACAGAUUUGAAGGAAAAAAUUUAAAAAAAUGGUCCUUGUGAAUUGAAUCCAGGAUAAACUCCAUACCCGGCUCGAGCAAAAGUCAUGAUGGUCCAUCCGCUGACCCCUGCACCAGCUACUACUGCUGCAACAACAGCAGCGGUUUUAAACAAGAAGACCAUUCAAUUUCCUAGUCUAACGUUUCAAGGAGUUGCUGCAGCAAGUACCAAUGCCUCUGUAUCUGAUGAUAAUCUCCCACGCCGCAGCUUAAUGAAAGUGAGCUUGGGCAUCAUGGCUGGCUUGGUGCUUAACUCGGACUUUAGGGGCGGAACUGCAAAUGCAGCUGCCAGAAGGCCGCCACCUCCUCCACCGGAAGAGAAGAAGGACCCCAAUGUGAGCGGUGUUCAGGCAAAAGUACUAGCUAGCAAGAAGAGGAAGGAAGCAAUGAAAGAAUCUAUUGCCAAGCUUAGGGAGAAAGGGAAGGCCAUUCAAGAACCGUCUAAAUAGUCAUCCUGUUCCAAAUGAUGCAACACCAAUUUUAGUCGCAACUCUUUUUUUCCUAUAUAGUUUCAUAUUCAGUAUCUAAAAGAUUUUCUUUUGAAUGUAGAGGAAAUGUGUAUUCUGGUAAUAAACCAUAGGAUUAGUGUC